ACCCAUCCAUUCACGGUAGAGAGAGAGAGAGAAAAAUAGAGAGAGAUGGAAGGAAUGAGAGAUAUAGCGAGAUCCUACUACGACAGAGCAAGCGAGGCCGAGAAGAAAUCGAUCAAACAAUCCUUCGCGAAACUCGACAUCAACGGCGACGGGAGGAUAAAUUUUAGGGAGUUCAAGAAGUCGGUGAGCUCGUGGCUGCGCGAGGCGGCGGUGUUCAAGCAGUUCGACAAGAACGGCGACGGGAGCCUCGAUUUCGAUGAGUUUCUGUGCCUUCACUACAUGGAGAAGAAGGUGGACAUCGCCAAAUGCAGCGCCUGCUCGGAGCUGCUGGUGGGGCCCUACUUCUCUUGCUUGCUUUGCUUGGGAAGAGGCAAAGAUACGUACGAUCUCUGCUGCGCUUGCUACCGCCGCCGCCGCGGUUGGUCGCAUGAGCACCCCGUGCAGCAUAUGAUGGAUCAUCACUCCCUGCUCAUGCUCCUCAAGGAUCGCACCGCCGGUGCUGAAAAGGCUCAGCAUAAGAAAGAAAUGGAGGAACUGCGCGAAGUCGCAAAAGCUCAUUACCAUUCCAGCCCUCCUCAUGUCCAAGCAUUAGCCCACAAGUUCUACCGAUCCAUGGACUCGGACGGGGACGGCCGAGUCGAUGUGUCCGAGUUCCUAGACUUCAUGAGGCACGAAGGCUAUUCCUGCAUGGAAAACCCUUGUUUCUUCGACGACCUUGACGUCGACCGCAACGGCACCCUCGACUUCUUCGAGGUCAUGACGUUGUACUACAUCAUCAAGAGCGGCCGCCCUUUCUGCGACUGCUGCGACAAAUUCAUCCCCGGGUUAUUCUUCUCCUGCGUCGAGUGCUAUAAGAAUGGUAGAAGCUCGUUCGAUCUCUGUCGGGAUUGCUACGGGAAGGGGAGGUGCGACCAUAAUCACGGCGGCCGGGUUCAUUUUUUGGAUAAUCAUACGUUGUUGCAAGCUAUGAAAGAUUCGACGCUUGCACCUGCGCCAAGGGUAACUUAUUAUGAGGCAGGGAAUACACCCACUUAUGAGUAUGACAUGUAUCAAUCAAACUCAAUCUGGAGCAAUGUUAAGGAUGCAUAUGAAGCAUUGGACACAAUAAUCAAUAUUGGGAUGGCCGUCACCACCACCCUAGGCUUCUGCACUAUUAUGUGAGAGCCAAAUAAAUUCAAAAAGAGAAGGGCGAAAAAAGAAUGAUAUUUACGCACAGUAGUCCUAAGAAUAUUGAUUUGACUACUUUUUUUACUUAGUGGGUGUUCGGUUUGCAAGAUUGUAUCCGAGAUUAAAUUAUUACUACUUCUUUUGUCCGUCAUUAAGAAUAUCAUUCUUUAA